GCUGUUUCCUUCCUAUGUGUGCUGGACUUUUAAUGAUCAAUCGCUAGCAUCUGCAUUGUUUAUGCUUCUCUUUUGUGCCCCCCGGCAGCCAUCUGCCAGUGUGUGACACCAGCCUACCCCUGCAAGCCAACCCUUCCAUUAUCUAUGUUGGAAUGGACUGAUAGAUUUGUCAGUCAGUUGUAAUAUGUAGGCUCUGUGGCAGCGGGGAUCUGAUGGUGCGACUCAUUCUGGGUGCUGCUUAUCUCCCAUCACUGGACCAUCAUCAUUUUUCUCACCAUGAGGCUGUGCAGGUUCCUGCUGAAGAACACAGUCCCCAGUCAGAUCGAGUACUACUCCAAAUUCUCCCCCUCUCCGCUCUCCAUCAAACAGUUCCUGGAUUUUGGGCGUAAUAAUGCUUGUGAGAAGACAUCUUACCUGUUUCUAAGGAAAGAACUGCCAGUGCGAAUUGCAAAUAGUCUCAAAGAGGUAAACCUGCUGCCUGAGAGUUUGCUGCAGAGACCGUCUGUGAAACUAGUGCGAUCCUGGUACUUGCAGAGUUUUCUAGAACUUUUAGAAUAUGAAAAUAAGAGCCCAGAAGAUUCAGAUGUGCUGUAUGACUUUUUAAAUGUACUCAUCCAAGUGAGAAAUAGGCACAAUGACGUGGUUCCUACAAUGGCCCAAGGCGUCAUAGAAUAUAAGGAGAAAUAUGGAUUUGACCCAUUUGUCAGCAGCAACAUUCAGUACUUUCUGGAUCGAUUCUACAUGAAUAGAAUUUCUUUCCGAAUGCUCAUCAAUCAGCACACUCUGCUCUUUGGAGGGGACAUAAACCCCGCUCAUCCAAAACACAUAGGCAGCAUUGAUCCUACCUGUAAUGUACCAGAAGUGGUUAAAGAUGCUUAUGAAACAGCAAAGAUGCUGUGUGAGCAGUAUUACAUGGCAGCUCCUGAGCUGAAAAUUGAAGAGUUUAAUGCCAAGGCUCCUGGCAGGCCUCUCCAUGUUGUUUAUGUGCCCUCCCAUCUGUUUCAUAUGCUGUUUGAGCUAUUUAAGAACUCAAUGAGAGCCACCGUCGAGCUCCACGAAGGCAAAACUGAUGCCUUGCCCCCAGUAAAGGCACUGGUCACACUGGGAAAAGAAGAUCUGUCUAUAAGGAUAAGUGAUAAAGGUGGCGGGGUGCCCUUGAGGAAAAUUGAUCGUCUCUUUAAUUACAUGUAUUCAACAGCACCAAGACCAAGCCUGGAACCAAGCAGGGCAGUUCCACUGGCUGGAUUUGGCUAUGGCCUGCCCAUCUCACGACUAUAUGCCCGAUAUUUCCAAGGAGACCUCAAGCUCUAUUCCAUGGAAGGUGUUGGGACUGAUGCUGUUAUCUAUCUUAAGGCCGUUUCCAGCGAAUCAUUUGAAAGGCUCCCGGUUUUUAACAAGUCAGCGUGGCGACACUAUAAGAACGCAGCCGAAGCAGAUGACUGGAGCAAUCCAAGCAGGGAGCCACGGGAUGCUUCCAAAUACAAAUCUAAUUAACCUUGGCAAUCUGCUGGGCAACGGAAUAACACCGCAUGGUCUUGAAUCAGAUUUCCUUCCAGUACGAAUAGGAGAUUGCAGAGAAUAUAAUAAUAAUAAUAAGGGGUUAUUAAUAAUGCAACCUGUUCACCUUG